AUGGAGCAAGUGGAAGUACAGCAAUCGGUCUCUGACAACAAAAAGGGUGUACAGGAGACACCAGGGCUGGCGUCAACUGACAAAUUAGCGACAGUAACAAACACCAUACCAGAGCAAGAGGACCAGCACGACGCCUUGAUCGAUGAAAAUACUCGCUUGACGAUAAGCAAAGAAUCACCACUUUCCGAAGUGGCAACUUCUCCACUUCCAUUCGAUUUGAGCCUACCAGAGUCAGAUUUGGACUUAAACUCUGCAUUCUUGAGUAACAAGAAUGGAGUGAAAAAGUCUACAGAAACUCCUAGUGCUGAUGAGCACGAUUCACAUCGAGAAAAUGAUAUCAGCAAGAUCAAACAGGGGUUUAUGAAAGAAUCAAAAGAUAAACAUACAUUGGUUGGUAACGGAGACUCGCAACUGGAUGUAAUUACACGUCAAAGGAAAGAUAGUUAUGAAAGCUCUGAAUUAAGCGACUUAGGAGAUGAUGAAUCAGAGGCCGAAACUGACAAAAUGGACUUUUUAGAUGAGAGAGAUGGAGAGAACCUACUGAAAUCAACUGACUUGCAAACAUUAUCAGAGUUGACAGAAUUGGCCAGAUUAGAGGAGAUUGAUGGCGAUUCAGAUGAUGAAUUCCUUGACCACCAUCCAUCUAAAACUUUGUAUAGUGAAAGCUUUCCUAAUGCUGAAGUCAUAGAAGGUAAUAGCGAUGUGAUUACGCGUAAGCGAACAGCUACGGCUGAACCUGAAGAAUCUGAAUCGCAUGGGGACAAGAAACUCAAGACGGAACCAGUGACUGAACAUGGGCUCAGUAAAGAUGACGCCACUAGUGAAGAGAAAACUGAUGAUACAGCUAACAAUCGAAACGGUGCAAUUGAUGGCGGUCAUGAAAAGGAGCCUGAAGUGGAUAAUGAUGAAAUUGAACAUGGUUCCACAAAGAUAAGUCCCGAUGAUGAAGAUAAUGAAGCUGAGGCAGAAGACGAAGGGGAUGAGGAGGAUGAGGAAGUCGAGAAUGAAGAAGGUGUAAAAUGGGACUCCAAAUCGCAACAAAAAGGAAAAAUUGAGCGGGCUGCUGAAACUGAAGAGGAGAUAGUCCAAGAACUUGUUGAGAAAAGCGUCGAAGAAACUGUUGCGGAAGAAAAUGACACUGACAUCAACGAACAACGAGAGCUAGCUGUGAAGGGACUAAUAGCUAUUGAGAAGUGUUUUGCAGAAGUGCGUGACAAGCUAUAUGACGACAAACUAGCCUUAUUAGAGAAGGAGCUACAACUUUGUUUAGAUGGAUCCCAUCCUGAGUUGUCCAAGAUUUAUCAAAAGAUUAAUGGGUUCUACCAGGAUAGUUUAAACUUAGCCAAUGCCAGCUUGGCAUAUAGAUUAAAAUGUGUCGAUAAAGAAACCAUGGCAACUCGUACAUCAAUUCACCAAAAUUAUCUUAGAAAUAUAAUGGACACCAAGAAUGCAAUGAUUACAGAAACGACGUCAAUGUGGUACAAGAUCAAUAAGGAGAGAAAUCAAUUAGACCAAAUAGUACCAGAUUUUAACUAUUCAGCAAUACCGCUGUCGAUUCUGGCGCAAGGUGAAGUGACAGUAUCUAAUUCUAGCAAUGUUGCCGAUAUGAUGGGAACAGCUGCACCAAAGAUGAAAAAAGCCAUCAAACAAAAUGCUAUUAUCGAAUUGGUACAACAGCGAAAUAAUUUGAAUGAACAAUUGGGAAUUUUGAACGGCUUAGUUACAUUUCAUGGGUUCCCCUCUGCAGUUACGUCAUCAAUCAGUCAAGACGAGGUAGCGACUCAGGAAUUGCUUUUGAGGAAAGCAAGCGAGGACGAGAUCAAUGAGGAUUUAAGAGCCAUGGGGAUAAGGACAUAG